GCAACUAGUGGGGCUGGUUGACAUCUCACUCUUUCAGGGCAAUAACUAACCCCUUUGUUUAUGGUUGGUAAACGCUGGCAGUCAUGCUUAGUUGAUUGGAUGAUUGGCCGCCGAACCACUCCACGACUGACGUGUAUUAAUCUAGCCGAACUCCGCGACACUGGGCGCCAACAUUAACCUGUCUUUACUCGUUGCUGUGUUAUCAAGCUCAUAUUCACAACAAUGGCAGAAGUUGUAGAGCCGGCUUCUUUUGCUUUACAAUCUAGCAUCACUCUAUAUGAGACGAUCAAGACUUUCAACUCUCAUCCAAAACGUGUGCGCGACCUCCUUGAGGAGCUGGAGGCUUUGAUUGCAGUUCUCGGCUCGCUUAGUGACGUGGUUAAGACUCCAGCUGGGUCGUCCCUCUAUGUGCUUAACCGUGUGCCUUUGAAAAGAUGUGGUGAUGCCUGUAAAGACUUUAAACAGCAAAUUAUGAUCUGUUUAUCACAGUCUGGUGGCUCCCGGUCAAGCUUUCGUGAUUGGGCUAGAAUAAGGUAUAUGAAUGAUGAUAUUGACGGUUUUAGGCGACUAGUUGCUGCGUGUAAAUUGACCAUCGAGGUCACCCUUGGUGAUGUAAAGCUUCGCAAAUCAUUCACAACUGCUGAAAACCUUGAAAAGCAUCAAAUAUUGAUACAAACCGCCAAAUGCGAUCUUGAGGCUCAUCUUGAAAGUAUUGAUGAAAGGUUGGAACAUAUAAUUGGACAAACAAUAGUAGAACCUGGUUCGAAUACACCAAAACUGCGGCUGGUGAAGGAGAAGCGUUCGGGUACGUUAAGAGGCAAGGGCUUUGUCCUGUAGUGGAACUCUUACCAAAGAUCUACUCACUGAUUUGGACACCAAUUAUCCACAGGCAUAACAGAUACCAAUUCCUAUACUUCUAAGCUGGAAAAUAAGGAUCAGUCUGACCAGGAGACCAAUGAUCAAGAUUUU